CUCAACGGCCUGACAUCAGCAGCUCGGAUGAUAUAUAACCAACGGGGUUUGCCAUUCCUUCUGCCCAACUUCUCAUCAUCGACACCAACUCCAGAGUCGGCAUCGGGACAAGUGCUUCCACCUUCGGUCCUACUCUCAACCAUCACCAUCACCAUCACCAUCGCAGUUGCCGCUACAAACCGCAGAGAUGCGCUCUCCCACCACCACUGCUCUCGUGCUCGCCGCAGCACUGGCAGUUCCUGCAGCCGCCUCGCCCACGAAUCUGCCCCGACAAGGCGCCAAGAUCCCCGACCUCGCCCUCCCCGACACGACGGGGCCUUACAAGGUCGGCACCACCGCCUUCCCGCUGACCGACUAUGCCCGCAUCGACCCCCUGGCCGACCCGCCCGCCCCCAGAAGAGUCAUGAUAUCCAUCUUCUACCCGACCGACCUGGGCGGGAGUGGUCAACACAACUACACCUACGCCCCAAUCUUCCCGCCCCAGACGGCCAGCAUCUUCGACGGCAUCAUCCCCGGCGCGCCGCCCGGCACCGCCGCCAUGCUGCGCACCCGGAGCUUCCUGGGCGCGCCCAUCCUGCCCCGGCCUCAGAAGAAGGACGAGGACCCUUUCCCCGCGCUCUUCUUCUCCCACGGCUUCGGGGGCAUCCGCCUUUUCUACACCGCGCGCAUGCAGGAGCUCGCCUCGCGCGGCUGGGUCGUCGUCAACAUCGACCACCCUUUCGACGCGCAGGUCGUCGAGUUCCCGCCCCCAGCCGGCGCCCCGGAGGGCACUCCCGGCGAACUGGUCUUUCCCUACGCGAACGAUACGGUCGGGUAUACGCCCAUCGGCGGCGUGGAGGGCCUGCAAAAGAUGCGCGCCGCGGAUAUGCGGUUCGUCCGGGCCCAGCUCCGGAGCAACGAGACGGUCCGCGCGCAGGUCCCGGGUCUUGUUGGCGCCACCGCACCUAACCUGCCAUGCGGUCCCCAUGGACAUGGCGGCUCCGUCGGCAACAACAACAACAACAACAACAAGGUCGAAGAUGGUCUGCAGGCCGCCAAGGUCGGCGCGUUCGGCCACUCCCUCGGUGGCGCGUCGUCCGCGCAGGCCGUGUCCUCGUACCACGGCCAGCAGGACGGCUUCGUGUGCGGCAUCAACAUCGACGGGACCAUCUGGGGCAGCCUGCCCCAGGACGGUCUGGCUCCUCCUUCUGCUCCUCCCGCAGACCUAUCAUUCAUGCUCUUCUCCAACGCAAAUGUCACCCGCUCCCAGGCCCAGUCAUGGGCCCAGUUCUGGGACACCAACGCGGCGCAAAAGCAAGUGAAGCUCCAGAGGCAGUUUGGCGUCCGCGAGGCCGUGCACAACUCGUUCACAGACGCCGGGCUCUACUUCCAGCUCCUCGGCGCGCCCGUGCCCCCGGAGUACGGCACCAUCGACCCCAAGCGAUUGCUCCAGGUUGAGGCGGCGUACGUGGACGCGUUCUUUGGCACGUGUCUCAAGAAGAAGGGCGUGCAGCGGUUGGAUGAGUUGCAUGUGCGCGAGUUUCCAGAGACUUUUGUCGGGGAGUAGAGCAGAGUUGAGUAGAGUGCAGUGAGUGAAGGAAAGACGAGAACGGUUUUGGGAGUUGUUGUUGUUGUUGUUGUUGUUGUUGUUGUUGUUGUUGGGGUGCUGGGAACUAGGGGUGGAGGGGCCAGUUUCUCGUUGGAAACAACGCCGGAAACAACUUGCUGCGGGAUGUGGUUGUGUUGCGGCAUUGUUUGUUUUCGGGCUCUGAUGUUGGGCUCGCGGGUGCUGACAAGUCAGCCACAAUUCUGAAGUCCUACUUCCUCAACAUCAGCUAUGCACCGCACCGUAUAGAGCUCAGAAUAUCAAUAUACAAUAGAGUCGAAAAUCAAACGCGAGGAC